CUUGUAGAGAAAGAAAUGUGGAAUCUAAACAACUCUCCAGAUCAUAGAAGGGACUAUGAAUCAGAAGAAGGUAAAGGUGUUGAACGAUCCAUUUCAAAUUCAAGCUCAUCAGCUGUUGAGGAAUUAUACGGUUCAGAAGAAGAAGAUGAAUUUCUUGAACAAAAUGGACUAAAAGGCAAGAAAAAGAAAAGUAUUCCUAGUAAAAUAUUUGGCUUCUCUAUGAUUGCUCCACCUAAUAAUAAUAAUAAUAAUAAUAACGACGGUAACUUAUCGUCGGAGAGUGAACCACCGGUUACCCGGCAGUUUUUUCCGGUUGAUGAGUCGGAAAUCGGAAGUGGCAAUUUUAAUGAUAGAUCUUGUAGAUUUCCAAGGGCCCAUUGGGCUGGAGUAAAAUUCUACCAACCGGAGCCAUCGACAGCAGUAUUGGGAAAGGGUAGUGAGUUGUCGCAGGUGCAGGUGCAGGUACAGGUGCAGCCAAUGAAAAAAAGCCGGCGUGGUCCAAGGUCUAGAAGCUCACAGUACCGUGGUGUUACUUUUUAUCGGAGAACUGGCCGCUGGGAAUCACAUAUAUGGGAUUGUGGAAAGCAAGUUUAUUUAGGCGGAUUUGAUACAGCACAUGCUGCUGCUCGUGCGUAUGAUAGGGCAGCAAUAAAGUUUCGUGGAGUGGAGGCGGACAUAAACUUUAACCUGGAAGAUUAUGAGGAAGAUUUAAAACAGAUGAAGAAUCUAACGAAGGAAGAAUUUGUUCAUGUACUGCGGAGGCAAAGUACUGGUUUUCCGAGGGGAAGUUCUAAGUAUAGAGGGGUGACAUUGCACAAAUGUGGUAGAUGGGAAGCUAGAAUGGGCCAAUUAUUGGGCAAAAAGUACGUUUAUUUGGGACUCUUUGAUACUGAAAAUGAAGCUGCCAGGGCUUAUGAUAAAGCUGCCAUCAACUGUAAUGGCAAGGAUGCAGUCACUAACUUCGAUCCUUGCAUUUAUGAAAAUGAACUUAAUUCAUCUGAAUCUAGUAAUAAAGCAGCAGAUCACAGCCUUGAUUUAAGCUUAGGUAGCUCGAGCUCAAAGCAAAAGAGGGGAGAAAUGGAGGAUACUAAUAAGGAUCAAAAUUAUUCUUCUAUGCAAUUUGAUGUUGAUUGGCGCCACCAAGGGUCGAGGCUCAAGCAGCAACAUAGUCCGAUUGAUAUGGAAUAUGGGCGAAGAAGAAAUGUGGUCAAUGAGACGGAUACCUUGCAACUCUUGAGCCAAACGCACCUACAUUCUCCAGGCUCCUUCAAGACAAAUAGCAAUGAAAUGCAAAGGUUUGGCCAAUAUAUGAGAGCUGGUGACUCCCAAAUGAUUCCACCACAAUUCACCUCCUCAAAUUAUCAAGUUCAGUUUCCAAGCAGCAGCAAUAGAAGAGAUACUCAACAAUGGCAAAGCAAUAAUGUUGCUCCUCCUCACCUAUUUGCAACUGCUGCAGCAUCAUCAGGAUUCCCUCAGCAGAUAUUAAGACAUCAAAACUGGCCUCACAAAAAUGGCUUUCACUACUCUCUCACCAGACCCUCCAACUAAUUCUCUCUCUCUCUCUAUAUAUAUAUACAAGACAAUCGUUGCACAAAACAUUCCGCAUUAGACAAGAGAGCUAGCUAACCGCACCUAAAGAGUUGUGAUGUAAACCAUAUAUAAUGUAAUAUAAUAUAAUAUUGACAGGUUAAUCUUGAUGGGAAAAAGCUUUUGAGAGAUCCAAGUCUAUGGAUAUAAUUGGUACAAAGCUAACUGAAGAAGAGAUAUUGAACUAGAUUUCUUUUGGAUAACUUUCUGACUCAUGUAAGCUGCCAAUUUAUACUAUCCACAAGUACAGCUACUAAAUAAAUGUUUUUUAAUUUUGAUGGUCUCUCUUG